AUGAUUACCCUACAAUUCUCGUCCGACGAGGACGGCCUGGAUAACAUUAUUAACGCGGAUAACGAUACCCUGGAGGAUAUCGACCAGAAAAAUACCCUUGCCAGAUUCGACCUUACCGAGAUUAGUAACCUGAAAGGUAUCUGUACUGCCCUAGAGACCGUUACGAGCGUAAAAGAACUGAAGAAAUGGCUUAAGGGUACUCUAUUCCGACCCUAUUUCCUAUACUGUUACCUGCACGCUAUCCUCCCCGCUCAAUCUAGCGGCAACAAUAUGAAUCAAGGUAAAUCGUUUACCACUAUCAUUGCCCGUAUCCAUGCCGCAGCCAACAGCGGUAAUACCAAAUACCUCAACCAUUUUUCCGACAAGACCAACUGGGACCGGGCCGACUGGAUUGCCUUUUGUUUACUUACCCUGGUUAACGUCAAUACGCGCAACGUGGACGGGAUCUUUUACAAGAAAGCCUGGACACAGGAGCAUAAAGAGAAGGUAAUCGAGCCCUAUUGGCAGUUCCAUUUGAUCGAACUGUGUCUGCGCCUCAUCGAGGAGGAACUAGCAGAGGAGCCGGCGCCAGAUGCCUCGGAUACUGGUAACACAAAGCUCCCCCAUAAGGAUAACAUGCAGGACGAGGCGGAUGAGAUCUCUAUAACACUAUUUAAGGUUCUUAUGGCUACCGCAGGGCCCUACUCCAUAUAUUAUCCUACCGGGCAAAAGGAGGCUUAUAAAGACACGCCUGACGGCCGGGUAACCCUGUCCCAAUGCGAGAAUCACGAGGAGGCCUGCGAGGCACUCAAUAUCAGUAACCCAGACGUCCCCAAAUAUCCCGCGAUAAGGAUCAAUACGUCUUUCCGUUUUUGGCAGCCCGUAGCCAUUUAUGCAAUCGUACAGUUCCGCGAAAAUCCACUGCUCUCCGGGUGCAUCUUGGCCGAUAUGCGGGCUAUAACGCUGAAAGACAAGCCCACCCUUAUUAUCUGCCCCCCCUAUCUGGUGUGGCAAUGGGCCGCUGAGAUCAAGGCCGUCACCAAACGGCUCAAAGUCAUUGUGUACUUUGGAAACGCGCGGGAAGACCCCCCAGUCGACGUCAAAGUCAUUCCUAAACUGGCAGGCAAUCUCUCAUGGAUGACUGGCCCGCAAGCACAUCAUGCCGUAAAGCAAUUCCGCCGUUACCUCUUUGUCCAGACCCGCGAGGGCCAAAUCAUAUGGAACAUGGCCAAGUAUCGAGAACUCACGCUGGUUAUCACCUGGCUGUUCUUCAGGUAUUGCUACCACCUCUUAGUGCGAGCUAGUGCACGAUUCCUCGACACUCAGGCCCGGCAUCUCACACUCGGUCCUCAACUGAUCAAAAAAGCGAUACAAGUUAAAAAUCAGAUUCUGAUGCGGAAAUAUACCGAGGAUACUACAGCCCCUGCCCCGGUAACGCAUGAUAUCCCCGAGCAAUUUACCGAUCAAAACGUUCUCCUGUACCUAUUGCGCGGUAGCCCGAAGUUACGCGCCCUCCUGUCUAUAAUCCAGCAGGAGCAGUUCUUUAUCGCUGCCGCCUUUUAUUAUGCCUGUAUUAACUGUCGGGUCUUUCACUCGGAACUUAACUCCAAGGAGCGUAUCGAGCUGGUACGAGAUUUUACAACCAAAGUGGAUGAAUGCAUGGUCUUAAUAUGCUCCUAUUACGUUAACGCAGCGGGUUCUAACCUUCAGAAUCUCUGCCGGAACGUAUACCUCUUUAAUAUCUUUACAUCCGACUCCCUCAAGCAGCAAGCCAUCGGGCGGGUAAACCGUGUCGGACAGACUCGAACAGUCAAGAUUUACGAUUACAUUGUGUCGGACAGCUUCAAUGCUAGCAUUUUUGCCAAGAACCUUACUAAGGCUGUCCCCGACCUUGUGGUCACCCUGAAUUGGGAUAUGUUUACCGAUACCCUAGACGUAACUGGAGACAGUUCGGUACCGAGCUUUAAUAUCGAUAUAUGGGUCCUCAAUCAGGAUAAUACUAUCAGCAAGGUCCGCCAUGCCCUGAUGGAACUUGUCCCCAAGGACCAACGCCUCUCCCCAGAGGACGUAGUCAAAGCCUUAAUCAGUACUAUGAAGGCGAGUUCUCGCAUACGUGAAAUGUCUGAUAUCGACGUCCAGUAUCUGGAGGGCGAGGAGGCUAAAAAGGAUAGUAAAGGCCCUAUAGAUAUAACAGAAGAUGUACCUAGGAAUGUAGCAGAGGGUUCCGACCCUAAAAAAAAAAAGGCAGAUAAGGUAAAACUAUUCUAA